GUUUGAUGCCUGCUACGUGUUUAAUUCAUAGCUGAGAAAAGUAGAAGUGUCAACAUUUUGUUCUUUUCUUGCAUUUGCUCCAGUCUGAAUUUGGUACAAUCAUGUCCGGAAAAGUACGAGCGAAGCCAGAACAAAUUGGAGAUGUCAUCGCAUACAGUGAAAUUGCUGUAAGAAAUAAUGCAGCAGUCGUUGAAUAUUGUAGAAUAUCGAUGGCAGCCUUAUCAGGCGGCAUUGCUGGCCUUCUAGGUUUAACUAGUUUAUAUGGUUUUGUAUUUUACAUCUUCGCAGUCGUAGCAUUAUGGGCAAUGCUUCUUUUCAAGGCAGGAGGACAGUGGAAAAAAUUUUUUGUCAGUAGGCUCGCAUUACUGACCAAUGGAUUUUUUGGAGGUCUUUUUACGUACGUGUUAUUCUGGACUUUUCUCUACGGAAUGGUGCACGUCUACUGAGAAUUUUUCUAUUUUCUUCGAUCGCGUCCUCGAAUCUAAUUAUUUAUAAAAAAUUGUUUUUAUUAAAGGUUCGUUUUUUUUAUUAUCUUUAAAUGUAUAGUAAUAAUGAAUGUAAAUAUCGUGUAUCUCACUGCGUAAUAUAUAGAAAUUAAGGCAGAAAUUAAUUUUUCUGAAUGC